AGCCCCAAGGAGAGAGUAGCAGAGAGUCCAUGAUGGCGGACUCAAAGCUUUUCCUUUCUCUACUACUUACCACGCUAACCCUGACGCAUGCCCAAGAGGAGCAUUCACCCUGCCUGAUAAACCAAAGAUACAAAGCCAACCACAAGUAUGAAUAUGAGUACAAUGCUGAGUCUUUGAAUGCCAUCAAUGGUGCUUCAAAUCUCAGGAAUGGACCCAAGGCCACUUGCAAGGUUGAAAUUGAAGUACCUCAGACUUGUAGUUUCAUCAUCCGCACCACUGGCUGUAGCCUGAGUGAGGUGGUCGACAUGGACACAGAGGGCAACCCUAUGUUCAGUCCAGCUGCCAGCUCAGAGGCCUUUUCUGCUGAAAUGGAGAGGUACUCUCUGAAGGUUGUGAUUGAGGGUGUGCACGAUGUGAAACUGUACCCUGAAAUUGGUGAAACAACAACCAUCCUGAACAUGAAGAGGGGUAUCAUCUCUGCUCUGGCUGUGCCUCUGCUGGAAGAAGUCAAGCAAAGGAAUAUGCCCACAAUCCAUGGCAUUUGCAAGACCCAUUUCUCAACCAACACGAGAGAGGACAUCGCAACAGACAUCAGCCUCACCAGGGAUCUGUCUGAAUGUGACAAAUUUGUCCCAAUGAGAGAUCACACAAGCCCGCUGGCACUCAUCUCUGGCAUGCAUUUCCCUCUGUCCAAGCUGAUCAGAAGCAAACAGACCUGCAACUACAAGUUUGACAAUGAGAAGAAACACAUGACCUCUGGCUCCUGCACUGAGAAACACAUCCUCAUUCCCUUCUCACACAAGGGAGAAUAUGGAGUCACCAAUGUUGGAAAGCAAGACCUGACUCUGGUUCAAGUAUCUCCUUACAACGAUGGAGUCUUUGACCACAGUCACAUUGUCAAGGGUCUUCCCAUGGAGACUGUUGAGGACAAGAGUGUUAUCCAGGAUAAAGAUGCAGGUCUGAAACUCCUCGGAGAACUGGCCACUCUGCCUGAGAAUGAGAGUGACAGGAGGGCCAACCUCUUCCAAAAGCUGGUCACCAUCGUCCGUGGAAUGAAGGCCGAGACCCUGAGUCCCGCCAUCCCUGAAGCCCUUGCCGUGUCCCGUGUCCUGACCUUCCAGGUCCUCGCCCAGUGUGGAACCCCUGAGUGCAGCAGUGCCAUCAUGCAGAUCUUCAGGACUCUUGACACCUCUUCACCCGAGGUUGAUGCUGGUGUUUUUGCGAUGGGACUCGUCUCCAAUCCCUCUGCCUUGCUGAUCAAUGACAUGCUCGAGAUGGCCAAAUACAAGCCCAGCAAGCCCAUCAUGUAUGCCCUGAGCAAUGUUGUCAAGAGGUUUUAUAAAGCUGAAGGAAAACUGAUCCCAGAAAUACAUUCAGUUGCUGAGUUCAUGGCUGCAAAGUUGGGCGACUGCUCUGGCGACAAGGACAGCACUUUCAUGACAUUGAGGGUUAUUGGAAACAUGGCUGCAGCUAUGGGACCUGCCAGUCCUGCACUCAGAGCUGCUGUGAUCCAGUGUGUGAACCAACCUGAAGCUUCCUUGUCUGUGCAGCAGGCUGCGAUUCAAGCAUACAGACUCACUCCUGUCCCCGAAGAGGGCAGAGAGGUUCUAAUGCAGGUGCUCUUGGACAGUGCCAGUCCCAUGCAAAAGCGUAUUGCUGCAUAUCUGGUACUUAUGAAAGACCCCCAGCCAACUGAACUGGCCCAGCUGGCUAUUUCCAUGCCAAAUGAGCAGGACCAACAAGUCAAGAGCUUUGUGAUCUCCCAUGUGACCAACAUUUUGUCCUCAACUGAGGCAGAGACCCAAGAUCGGAGGCAGAGGAUUCUUGAUGCCCUACAGGGUAACGAAAUUGGACCAAUUAUGGACCCUACUAAGUUUUCAAGCAACUAUAAGAUCGGCUCUGUGGAGGGCAACAUGAUAUUUGAGGGUACCAGCUACCUGCCAAAGGAGGUCAUGCUUGAAAUGACUCUCAAGGCUUUUGGCUAUGACAUUGACAUGAUGGAGGUUGGUAUGGAGGGCAAAGGAUUUGAGCCAACUGUUGAUAUCCUGUUUGGAGAGGAUGGAUUCUUCCCUGACACUGCCUUGAAAACAAUGUACUUCGUCUCUGACAACAUGCCACUCAGAGUCAAUGAGAUCCUGAAGAACAUGAUGCCUGCCUUAAAAAGGGACAGGAUGAAGAGAGAGGCGUCUCAGAACCUGAUGAGGGAAAUGAGUCGAAACAUCAACAAACUUGUGAGGGAACUGAGGACAACCCAGUCCCCCGAAGCAAUGGUUUAUCUGAGACUUUUGGGAAAUGAGCUGGGAUACCUGAAGACCAGUGAAAUCUCAGAGAUGGCCUACUCCGCUGCCUUGAUGAUAGACAACAUGUUAAAGAUGUUUCCAACAGAUCUUGUGAAGGCAUUGAUGACCAAGUCUGACAACACAAUCUUUGCCCACUACAUCUUCAUGGACAAUGAGUUCUUCUUGCCUACUACCACUGGCGUGCCUCUGAGGAUUGCACUGUCUGGUACUUUCACCCCUGGCAUCAAGGGUGGACUCAAGAUUGCUCCUGACAUGAAUGAAGUUACCUUCAUGCCCUCUGCUGGCAUUGAGUUUGACACUAGGGUUGGUUCAUACAUCCCUGAAUAUGUCAAGUCUGGGUUAGAGAUGCACACCAGCAUGUUCCACGAGAGUGGUCUCAGUGCCAAGAUCUCCCUGGACCGUGACAAUGUCAAGCUGACCAUCCCUGCUCCAAUGCAUCCAAUGAAGCUCGUCAAAAUAACUAACAACUUGGUGGCAGUGACUGGAUCAGCAGAGUUGACCAUCCCUCCUACAGUGACGGACAAGGUUGAUGUCAGUGAGUGCACUCCCUUCUUCGCUGGAAUGAAAUACUGCACUGCUCUACAGUACACUGAUGCUUUCUCUCAAGAGACAACCCCCUACUUCCCCUUUACUGGAGACAGCAGAUUUGCCAUCGAACUCCACCCAACUGGUGAAGUCACUGAGUAUACAGCUACCAUUGCCUACGAGCUCCUCAGGGAGGGAGAAGAGGGCCGGCAGAAGGUUGACUCACUGAAGUUUGUUCUGAGAGCUGAAGGUGCAGAGCCAACUGAAGCCACAGCAAUGAUGAAAUAUAACAGAAGGAAGAAUGUCAUCACAGCUGACAUCCAGAUCCCCGACUACGAUGUUGAGGCUGGACUUAGGCUGGGUGUUGUUGAUGGAAACACCAAGGGCAAAGGAACCCAUUCCAUCUCUCUUGACUUAAUAAACAAGAACAUCCCUCAGUUGUCCCUGGUUGGCCGUGCCAAACUUAUGGCCAUGAAAGAAGGUAUGCUUCAAGUCCAACUUCUUGUUCCCUCAAUCAAUGCUGACGCCACUGUCACAGCAAACCUGAAACGUGAUGAAGAAAUGGAAUUGGGGCUCAAGAGUGAAAUCAAGGUCAUGGAUGUCACAUCUGAGCAGGAAAUCGCAAUGAAAUAUGACGGCACCAAGAUUGAGGUUGAAGUCAAGUCUGAUGUGAACACUGAGACAACCAGCCUGCCAAAAGCAGACAUCAUUGACAUGUAUGGCAACCAGCUCCUUGACAUGCAGGUCGGGCAGACUGACAUGAAGGUCCGUCACAUCUUCGUGAAGUUUGUGGAGGCGACAAACAACUACAUGGAACAGUAUGGUGCCGAUUUCCCUUACAUCCAGAACUUCAGAGUGCCUGAUAUGCCUGAGAUUUCCCUGCCAGAGAAACUGUACCUGAAUACUGAGGCGAAGGCCGUCUACUACUUCAACAAUGAGCGCUUCAUCAUUUCUGUCCCUCUUCCUCUUGGUGGAAAGUCAACAGAAGAGCUUAACUUCCCACCAGCCUUGACCACACCAACUGUCUCUCUGCCCCAGUUUGGACUGGAGUUUGUCUCUAUGGAAAUUCCUAUCCCAGAGCUUGUUGUCCCUGAGAGCCUUACUCUGGCUAUUCCUCUUUUUGGAAAAGCUGAAGUUUCAGCUCUGAUGAAGAGCAACCUUUACAACAUGGAGGCCUCAAUCGCUGCCGGAAAAGAUGUUGUAGAGACACCAAGCUACUCAGCUAAGUUUGAUGUGAAAGGAACCUCCCCACUCGACAUUCUCUCAGUAAAGAUUGACGGCUCUGGAAUGUUGGCCACUUCUGAUUCCAUCAAGGCUGAAUUGAAAAGCACUUUAGCCCAUAAAUUCAUUGAGGCUAGUAUUAAUAUUGUCGAAGAAGCCACCAUCACAGACAAAAUUAAUUUGAAAACCAGCAGCAAGAUUGAAGUCACAAGCCCCCUCGGUCUCAACAUUGUGCUAGGGCACACUGGUAUGGCAGGAAUCAACACUGAAGAAAUCUCUACUGAUAGCAACCUUGAAGGAAUGUUGAAGCUUGGACCCAUGUAUGGCAAGACCAUUUCAACCCAGUCAUUCACAAUCUCCCCAUUCAAGCCAGAGGCCAAGAUUGAUUCCACUGUUCAGAUUGACUCCACAAUUGUCAAGGCCCAGAACACCAUUGCAGCAACCCUUGCCAAUGGUGAACUGUCAGUGGUUUCCAACACCAAUGCCUAUGAAGACAUUCUGACCAAUGUUGCUGAACUUUCCUUCAAAGAUAGCAAGCUGUCACUUAAAUGUGAUACAAAUGCCAUGCCUCUUGGCAUGAAAAUCCACAAUCAGGCUGAGGCCUCUGCUGGUGCAGGCGAAGUCGUUCUGAGAAUUGAGACAAACGCAGACUACACUGAAAACCGUGUUUACUCUCUAAUGACUGCUUCCCUGAAUACCAAUGGUCUGACCGUGAACAGUGAUGCUACCAUGAAGCUCCUUGAGAAUGAGGCUACUCACAAGGCUACUCUGACAAUGAACAAGGAUGGUUUGACAACAAGUGGAACCACAACCCUUCAGAGCCCCCUUACACUGGAAAACACCUUCAAUGCUGGGCUUGAUGCUUCAAAGGCUUCUCUGUCUGUAAUCAACAAGGCUGUUAUGCGUGACAUCAAAGUUGAUAAUGCCAACACUCUGACGAUUACACUCUCUAGCCUUGACUUCAACUCAAAGGCUGAAGCCACUGCAAGUGAAUAUGCUGCUUACACUCACGAUAUCACCAUCGACCUGAAACCCUACACAGCUUCUGCAAAUGUAAACAACAACCUGAGACUUCUGACAGCCAACUUCAUCAAUGAGGCCCAGCUACAGGCAGAACUUUACAAAAUUGAUCUUACUGGUAGCCUGAAAGCUAUCUAUGGUGAGGAAGAGCUCAAGCACACCUAUCAGGUAAAUUAUGCUGAUAUGGCUGCAAUUGCAAAAUGCAGCACUACUGGAAAGUUCCUUGGAACACACAUGAACCAAAACACUGAGCUUGAAGUUAUAGGUCUUGCUGCCAGGAUUACUAAUGAUGCUCGCUUCAACUCACAGCCAAUGCGCUUUGACCACACCAUCCGUUGCAGUAUUGUUCCUUUUGAUUUCAACCUUGAUGCCAUCUUUAAUGCUGAUGGAGACAUGACCAUGUAUGGAAAGCACAGUGCCCAGCUCUAUGGCAAGUUCCUCCUUAAAGCACAACCCCUGGCAUUAGCUAGCUCACAUGAAAGCAGAGCAUCAUUGACCCAGCAGCUUGAUAAUGGCUUUUCCCUUGAGACAACCUUUGACAACAAGUUGGAUAAUGUUCUAUCACUCCAAGAGCAGAAGACCAGUUUCAGAAUGAAAUCAAAGGUGAAUAAGCAUGCUUUUAACCAGGACAUGAGUAUUUACAACACUGCUGAAAGAAUGGGAAUUGAGGCUUCCAGUGCCUUCCUCACAAACAUCCUCAACACUGACUCCACAGAGAACCAGGAAUUUGCCAUCUCAGGCUUCCUCAAGUAUGACAAGAGCACAGACAGUCAUAUCAUUCAGUUCCCUCUUAUUGAAAAUCUGCCUGCCCUGUUGGAAAGCAUCAAGGGCUUUGUUGUGUAUGCUGGAGAGGCACUGCAAGGUUUCAUUAACAAUGAGGAGAUGAUGGUAAAACUUGAGGCUCUUCAACAAUAUAUAAAUGAAUUUGUUUCUCAAUUGCAUAUAGAAGACAGGGUUAUUCAGAUGAAGCAGUAUUUAAGUGAUUUUUCACAAGAAUAUGUUAUCUCCAUGGAGGAUGUGGAAGCCUGGUUGAUAAAUCUCAAGGCAUCUUUUGAGAAAUUGCUGUCAGAUCUCAGUGUUUCCAUCCAACAAUUUUCCGUUGUGAUUAAGGAGAUCAUUGUCGAUGGCACCCUUACUGAAACACUCAUUCAGACAAUCCAGCACCAUAUGCCUGCCAAGACCAUGGUUGUGUAUGUGAUUGAUUCCGUCUCUGCGAUGAUCCAGCAGAUUGACCUGGAAAAACUUAAGGACAGCAGCAUUGCUUUUUUGAAUGAUUUUGAAACCCAGCAUGAAAUCAAGGCUAAACUGCAGGAGAUAAUGAGGCUUUUGAUAGAAAGAAUUAUGGCCUUUGACAUUCAAGUAUUUGUUGCUGAACUGAAGAGUUACAUGUCAUCUACUGACUUUAAAGCUCACAUUGAUGAACUAGUAAGUCAAAUUCCCACAAAGAUGUUCAUAGAUAUAAAAGAUUAUAUUAGGGAUGUAAUUCAGGACCUCAACAUCCUAGAUGAGAUAAACACAUUAUAUGCUAAUAUGAGAGACCUGAUUGAAAAGUUUGAGCUUGACAGAAAGGUUCAAGCAAUCUUUGAAAAGGUUGCAGAUCUCAUCAAGCAGUUAAAAGUUGAUGACAGCAUCAGGGCUUUAGCCCAGAUGGUGAAUAAUGCAGACAUUCCCACCAAAUUCAUGCAAGUCUUCAAGGGUGCAUUCGACUACUUGAAAGCAACUAAGGUCGAAGAUAUGAUUGCUGAGUUAAAUGUAUAUAUUCACAUUAUUGAGCAGAAAGUACAUUUGUUCGUUUAUAAUGAUUUUGUGGCUCAGGCUAAUCAAAUGAUAGCCGAAUACACUGCUUUUGUAAAUGACCUCAUAGAAUCUCUUGAAAUCCAAAAGAAACUUGAAGCAUCAAGGGACUUUGCCAACUUUUUCUUAAACUCUAUUCAGGAUGCUGUGGAGCAACUGAGAGAAAUUAACAUUACGGAUUUUUUGAAAAAUUUCAAGGAACAAGUUGUGUUAAAUAAUCUAAAGGAAUUUGCUGAAAUUAUAAAGCAGGGAAUUGAAAACCUAGAUCUAAAUGCUAAAAUGACUUCUUAUCUGCAGAUGGCAAUGAAGCCCUAUACUGAGUUUAUAACCACUUUAACUGAUAUGUUCACCAAUAUGGUUGAGAUGAUUAAGAAGGCAGCACCUCAGCAAAAAAUUGUCCAAGAGAUAUUGCAAAUCAUCGAAGGCCUUAUGACUGGUCUGAGGAAUGCUGAAUUUAACACGCCAUCCUUCACCUUUCCUCUCACUGAUCUUUUUGUACCUUCUAUAAAGUUCAGUGUAGACAAGAUCUACCAGUUUGAAUUCCCAAAACAACUGGAUAUCCCUCAGUUCACCAUCAUGGGCUUACACACUGUGCAAGCCACUGCCAUCUCAAUGAAUGACAUUAAACAGAUAUUCAUUGAAUUGAUUGAUUAUCUUCUCAACUGCCAGAUGAAGAUGUUUGAUAUAGGCGCUUCAUUUGGAGACCUGAUCAUGAACUAUAUUCCUGCCCUGCCUAAGUUUUCACUUCCGGAGAUUGCAGUACCUGAGUUCUCUUUUCCCACCCUUCCCAGUGUUCAAGCAGAGAAACUAGUUGAGACUCUUCAACUUCCACCAUUCAAGCUGCCAGAAAUUCCUUGUGAGAUCAGGAUUCCUGGAUUUGGUAAAAUGAGUUAUGAAAUGAAAGUCAACACUCCCAUCUACACAAUUAGGAAUGCUGCUGAAAUUCAGAGGUCUCUUGAUGUAGAUGGGACUCCUCAGCUGACUGCUUUCCUGACUUCUCAAGGUACAUCUAUUGGCUUUGAAAUCCUUAACUUUAACCUGGAUUCCACUGCCCUUAUUGCCGUUCCCGGGGGGCGUUUGAUUGCUGCUGAGACCCUUAAGGUCACUCAUGAAUUUCUGAUUGUAAACCACGAUGUCUCAAUGACAUUUUCUGACCUCUCAGCCCAGGUCUCAGUUAAGACCAUACUUAAGUCCACCACUGGACCUUACAAUGCUGAGCUUUUAAACGAAGCUUUCUUAGCUACUAAUGGUGGUUUAUCUGCCACUAUGGACACUUCCUAUAAACAUGUGGUCAACCUACCCAUCAUUGGCCUCACUGGUGAGGCAUCUGUAACUCAAAAGGCUGUUGUUCAGCAGGAAGGUACCUCCAUUACAGUAACUGUGGGUAAUGAGGGUACUGCCUCCCUCAACUCUCAAGAGAAUUCCCACAAGAGUGACCUUCGGGUCACAGUCAAUCCAAGUAUAGUCAAAUUCACCUUCAACAGUGAUACAGAUACAUUUUUAUUAAAAACCAGACAGACCCUGAGUGCUGACUUGGUCAUCUUCAGCUACUUCAAGUUUGAUAUUCGCUCUGAAGCAGAAGGCCCUGCCAUCAAAAACAACCUUUUGGUGGGAGCCGUAAAUGCUAAUCUGCAUGACAUGAAGCUUGAGCUGAAAGCAACCCAUAGCACAGAUUUGAAUGGUCUGGUCAACGGAGCCCUAUACAGUGUGAUUGAUGUAACGCUCAGUCCCACGGAGAUUGUGUUUAGCCUGCAGAAUAAAGGAAACACAAAGGUUAGUUUGAAUGAUGCUCUUGCUGUUAAAAUUGAUCUGCAGAAUGAUUACUCAGCAACCUUCAGGCCUGACACACAUCAUAUGAACACAAUAGCUCUGGCACGUUUUAAUCAGUACAAGGUUUUCUGGAACGUAACUGUAGAUAACAAUGAGAGGGAGGCUGCCAUUCUUACUGCUAUAGAAGGGGAAGCAAACCUUGAUUUCUUGACAUCAUCCAUCAGCAUUCCUGAGAUUAAUAUUCCAUUUGUUAAUUUAAAUACUCCAGCUAUCAGUGAUUUGAACUUGUAUGAGGAAACUGGAUUGAAGGACAUUUUGACAACCACUGAACAAACUGUAGAUGUAAAUGCCAAGGUUGUUUAUACGAAGAGCCAAGCUGCCCCACUUGUUGAUAUGAUGGGUCUUAUCCAGAUCCACCCUGUCGGCAACCUGAUCACAGAUCUGUCUUUCAAGUCUGCCAUCAUUAAUUUGAAUGCCAAUGCUGGACUGUUUGCUGAGGAUGAUCUUGUGUUCCGUCUGGGAGCUACCACAGCUUCUGUGUUUGAGAGUUUAAAAGUCAAACUUGAUGGCACCACAAGUCUCACCACUAAGAGAGGAAUCAAAUUGGCCAAUUCACUAUCCCUUGAAAAUCAGCACAUUGAAGGAACUCAUGACAGCACGUUCAGUGUGAACACUGAGACCCUUGAAACUGUUGUGUCUGUGGCUACAGUUGCAAAGAUUGCUCUGCCCAUACUCAACCUGGAAGCAAACCAAAAUCUGAUUGCUGACACCAAAACCAAACCAAAUGCUCUGUCCACCUUUAGGAUAAUAGGUGAUUUCAAAAUCCCGGUGAUUAAGGCGGUUGGAAAGGCUGAGAUGGACCAUAGGCUUAAACUGGAGGGAACCUUUGAAUACGCCUCCAUGGAGUCAUCCACAAGGGCAAAUAUGGAUGGUACAGUGCUUGAAGAUUUUCUAGUUUUUGGAUUACUGGAUAAUGAAAUCAAUGUGUAUCUGAAUACUGAUGGCUUACGCUCAGUUUCCAAAGUUAUUGCAGAUGCCAAACUUAAUCACGGCACAACCAAAGUCAUUGGCAUGGAUGUAAAUGAGAGUCUUGAAGUUGAAGCCUCCCUGAGCCGUGUGUAUACCGUGCUGAAGUAUAUCAGCAACAACGAGGCAAACUUGUUAAAUUUAUACAAUAAUAGGAAUUUACACAACAAUGGGAAGCAUAUUGUUCAGACAACCAUUGACUUUGCACCAACAUCUUCAUUGACUGCAAGUAUGGAGACUGAAAUAUCCCAGACAAGCAACCUGGGUGACCUCUCCAUCUUUGGGAAAACAAUUGCUGAAGUAACAGCUGACAAGCAGAAGAUUUCAACAAAUGCCAAGUUUGUCAGCCCAGUUUACACCUCAAACCUUGCUGCUGAAUUGGAUGGCGGUGCACCUGAAUUCAAGGUUGACUUUAAGUCAUCUGCCACAUCUGCCAUUAUCUUCUUGGAAUAUGACAUGGACUCUUCCAUUACCCUAAACUUGGAGGAUGCUGGAGUAAGAUUGACUGGUAAAGGGGUUUUCACCCACAGCGACCUAACCAUGGACAUUCAACACAUUCUUUCCCAUACACUAAGUGACUCCCGCCUCACCCUUAAUGUGGACGUAACUAGCCCCUCCUUCACUGACAUGAACUUGCGUUAUGCUGUCCGCAAAGAUGGAAUCAGUUGCACAAUUUCAAUACCUUCUUCUGGCUUUCUGGGUCUUCACCUCCAUGGCAGGAUCCCAUCUCUGAUGAAUGCCAGGCUUUAUGGUCGUUAUGCCUCUGAUCCUGGGAAGGAUGUUGAUAUCGUCACCAUUCGAGCCUCCGUCAAAGAAGCUGAUAAAAUAAAUCUGAAGAUGGUAAUAAACAUGGAGGCCCAUGACAUCAUGCUCAACGGAUUUCAGGAAAGGCUUCCUGCCAUUACCGCUAGUAUGUCCAGCUUUGUUGAGAAAUACCACCUGUCAAGACAUGCUGCUCAGCUGAAGAACUUUAUUAUCUACUACACUGAGGAGGCCCACAAUAUUGCAAACAACCAUGCCCCAGAUCUGAGCCAUGUUUCCAUCCUCUUUAGGAACACUGUUGUUCAGUAUCAGAAGACUGUUCUGUUAUUACUGGAUGCUACCAUCAAUGUCCUGAAGGAGACCAAGGUUAAAUUGCCUGGCUCUGAGGAGAUGACCCCUCUCAUUGAUGUGCUCAAUAAGAUGACAGCUAGCAUAACUUCUUGGUUGGAGAAGACAUUUAACUUUGUGGCUGGUAAUGCAGAAUACACAUUCAGUGUAGUAACUGGCCUUUUCAGUAAGAUAGAGGUCAAAAUGCCCAAUGGUGAUGUUAUGACUAGUGCCAAGAUAAUCGAUGAGAUAAGGGAAAGGAUAAGGACUAUUACUAACUAUAUUAUGGAUCUUUUGAAAAACCCAGAUAGUCUAGAUAUUUUCCUGGUGAACCUUGGUGACACUCUUAAAUUCUUUGUUGACGAAGCUCAAAACUUUGUUGGCAACACCCUUAAGUCUGAUUUCCUUGAUGCUAUUGCUGUCUACCUUAAUGCUUUCCAUGAGGAACUCACUAGAUUAAUGAGAACAGAUUUGGACAUAGAGUUUCUAAAGGGCACCAUUGAUUACAUUCUCACGGUUUUCAGAUCUGCAGUGAAUCAUUUUAACAAAACCUUUUCUGACUAUCUGCAUCAAGCUCCUGCUCCGUGGAAAUUUUAUGUAAAAGUAAAGGAUGGAAAGCUUGAGAUUAACCUGUAAAUCCAACUGAACAAGUAAGCUGCAGAUUUAAAUAACUGUUUAAUUUGCUUCUAUAUAAUUUAAACAUAUAUGUAAGUUAUGUUGUGAAAAUUCUAUACAAACACAAAGUGUCAUUUUUAAUUGUAAUUAAAAAUAAAAUAUAUGGUAAAACAUGUACUCAAGGUGUUACUUGUAACUUGUAAAACCAAUGUUUUUCAAGUUUGAUUUUAUUGUGUGUGUGUGUGUGUGUGUGUGUGUGUGUGUGUGUGUGUGUGUGUGUGUGUGUGUGUGUGUGUGUGUGUGUAUGUGUGUGUGUAUGUGUGUGUGUGUUUUCGAGUUGCCUUAAAUAAAGUGCAUUGACUGAA